AUGGAUGGCGAAAAAAUAAACACUUCUGGAAUAAGUUUAGAUAUCCUUGAAGACAUUUUAGAACUAGCAUUCCAAAAGUGGUAGAAAGAGAAGAGAUAUAAUCCAACUUCAGAAUUUAAUUCAAUCAAAGUGUUAAGUUCUUAUAAUGAAAUACUCUAUUAGAGAAAUAUCAAUUCAGAGAAGGAUUAGCUUUAUUACAAUUUCAUUCAUUAAAUUGGCAAAUAAAUCCCUAAAGGCAGUUCAAAGGAUGAUUGGCUUUCUUUUUGCAAAUAAAUUUUCAAAUCGCCUGUUAAGUCUUAGUAUCAAAAAUCUGAGGAGAGCGCUGAAUCAAAUAAGAAUUUGAGCAUGUAUGCAAAUAAAGACUAUAUAAAUAAAUUGAUGAUGAAGGCCUUUAUUGUUUUACUUAAAAACUGUCUCUACAAAAGACAAAAAAAGAAAGAUCAGUUUAAAAAAUAGCAAUAAGAGAGCAGUUCUCCUAUAAUGAAUUAAGAUAAUUUCAUAGCAGAAUCUGAUAGUUUUAUAAAGUACAAAAGAAAUCAAGUAUCUUAGAAAAAUUUAUAAAAAUAGUCAUCUCAGUCUUAGAUAAAAAAUUCUCCUCAUAUUAGUAUAGAUAGUCAUUAAAACCAAAAUAAAAGCUCUAAUAUGAUGAUGUCCCCUCCUACUUAGGAGUUAAGCUUAUUAUACAAAAGUAGCAACAAUAAAAUGCAAAGAGAAAUUUAAAUUGAUGAGCAAAACAAAUAAGUGAAACAAUGCUCUGAAUUAAAUUUUAUUCAAAAGCCUAAAGUAAAAGAAUCUCAUAAUGACAGUAUAAGAUAAUUGACAGCGAAAGAAUCAUUAGAAUAUUAAAAUUAAAGUAACAGAUAGAUUAAAUCAAAUAAUAGCUUUAGCUAGUUGAAUUAAGUGACAUCUCCAUCUCAGCUACCUCUUUAAACAAAUAACUCGCCUUCUACAUAUAACAAUCUAUAGAUGGCAUCUCCAAAUAAACUUCCGAAUUUUUAAAAGAAAUAAAAAAAUAUAUAUCUGCUAGAAAACACAAAAGGAUUUUAAGAGCUAGAAACUGUUGCUACAGCUUCUAAUACUGAUAAUUUAGCCACUAUGUCAUCUAAUACCAACACUUUUAGAACAAAGACAAUCAAAUUUACCAAAGAUAAUGCUAAUACUAAAUAUACAAAAUCCCUUAUAAACUGUAUGUAUGAUAAUCUUGAUAUGAUUGAAACUAAUAUGGAUGAAUUAGGCGAAAAUGCAAUAAAUAUGACUAGGAUGUCUGCUGAUUUUGAUGCUUCUUCAAUUUGCAGAGUUAAAAAUAACACAAAAUUUUUAGAUGAAAGCUACUCUUUUCAUCAAGUAAAUACAGCUAAUAAUCUGUUUUAGACAGGACACGAGCAAAGUCUAGAUGAAAUGAGUUUCUAAUAAACAGACUAAAGCUACAAUCUGCCUUAGAAUACCACUAAAGAAAGCUUAUUCGUUAAAUUCAUAGAAAAAAAAUGUAAUGAAGCCUAAACACCAAAAAUUUUAAGUAAAAGCACAGACAGAUAACUUUUUGAUUUGGAUUUUUGUACAAUACAAGAAAAUAUUAAAAUUUUGAGUUCUUAUUUUAUUAAACUAUAAAUAUACAAAAACUAGUAAAAAAAGAAAAAGUAAAUUUAGUAGUAAAUUUUAAAUCUAGAGAAAGAAGCUGAUAGCUAUUUUAUAAGAAAGUUAAAAGAUAAAGUUUUUUGCUUACUGAAAGCAUUUGGGAUAGUUAGUAGUGAAACUCAGGAGAGAUACAAUAAAGUGAAGAGAAAUAACGAGAUGAAGAUAAAAAGAUAAUAUUUGUAUAAAUUUGUUGAAAAAUACCAUGAAAAAGUUCUUGAGAAGACUUAAAUAGAAUAUCUUUAAAAGAAUAUUUCAUAAAAUCUCAUUUAAAAAGCAUUUUACUCAAUGAAGGAUUACCAUGAAAAAUAGUAUUAAAAAAGGAUGGCAGCAAAUUCUUUAAUUUUUACCUCAACAAUUUCAGUAGAUUUUAUAAUUAAUCUUUAUUUAUCUAACAUUUUAAGAUAGAAUGAAUCUCUUCAAUUAUAAAGUAUUUACUAAUUGUUUUAAGAUUGUUCUGCUCAUUAUAAUUAUAAACCUUUGGUGACAUCUUUAAUAAAAAAUGCUUUGAUUACUUAAAAAAAUUCCAAACUUUUAUUGAGGCAGAAUGAAAAUAUUAUUCUAAAUAAAAAGCACACAUACUUUUCAGUUUUAAAAUCUUUAUACGAAAGAAACUUUUAAGCUUCAAAUCUAUAUAAUUACAAGGUUAUGUAGAAAGUUUUUAAUGUUUUCAAAAAUUAUUCUUGUAAAAGAAUGCAACUUAAAGAUGGACUUGAGCAGUUUAUUUCAAAAAGAUUAUGCAAUAAAUUAUAGGAAGUUAUUUAUUCUUGGAAGUAAUUCACUGUUGAAAACUCAUUGCUACAAAGAAAAGGAAGUAUUGUUUUUGAUAAAUAUAGAUAAAAAAUGACUAAGAAAUACAUAUCAAAGUGGAUUGAAAAUUUUAAUAAUUAACAAGAAGACAAAUAAAAAAUACUAAAAUCAAAUACUUUUUUUUUCUAAACUGUAUGCAGUAAAGUUCUUUUCGAAAUGAAAAAGAACUCUUUAAAAAAGAAGUCAAAAAGAUUAAUGAAUUAAAUGGCAAUAAAGCAUUCCAAUGAUAAAACCUUAAGGUUCUUUUUUGAUGUUGUAACAGUUUUCUAUGAGAGAUCUAAGAUAGAAAGAAUAAAGUUGAGACAAAUAGAAGAUAAAAAGAAUCUGAUAAAUUUAAAAUAAUAUUUAAAUCUAUGGAGACUUGAAAGAUUUUACAAUAAAAUCACUUUCUAAUUUAGAUUAAACAAUGUUUUUUAGAAGUUAAUAUUUGCUUUUGAAUAGGAAAAACAAAUAUCAAAGGAAUAUGAAUAAAAGGUGUAACAAUUUUAGAAAUAAUAAGUUUAAAGAAAAGUGCAAAAAGCCUUUGCAGUUUUAUAAUAAAAUACUAAUUUAAGCUCUGAGUAUUUCAGAGAUGCUUUUUCUUUUCACUACAAUACUCUUAUAAGUAAAGCUUUUAACAUAUUAAGAGUAAACAGAGAGAUUAAAAUGCAAAAAUACUCAAAUGUCUUUGAAUAUUUAAAUAAAAAAGCACAUCAACUAUAGUUCAACAUCUUUGAGACUUGGAAAUAAAGAGCAAUUCAAAAUAGCGAGUCAAGAAAAAAAGAUAAAUUGGCUUUGAAUUUUUACAUUAAGAAACUCUUUACUUUGAUAAUAAAAACUCUUUAAGACCAUGCUUAAUAGUAAAAAUCAAAAAAGCAAAAUAAAGAUUUGGCUCUUAUAUACUAUAAAAAUAGUCUUUGGAAAAGAUGGAGAUAAAAGUUUAUUGAUAAAAUAGUUAUAAAUCAUGACAAUAUGAGAUUGAUGACAUUAGGAAUGAAAUCAAUGAUAAUCAAUUUAAAUAAUAAGAAAUAAAUGAAUGAAAAAAUAUAAAAGGCUGAUUACUUUAUGUAUAUGAGUCUUUUUAAGAAAGCUUAAUAUUUUAUCGAGUUUUUGAAAAUUAAUAAAGAAAAAGCUUUUUUCAAAAAGUAAGCCGUGAAUAAUGCUAGAGAGAUAAUUGAGAAGAAUUGUAAGGCAAGAAUUUUCUAAGAAAUGAAAAAAUACUCUCAAAAAAACAAAGGCUACACAAAAAAAAUAAUACUUAUGAAAUAAAUAAAAAACUUAGAGUUGACAAAAAUAUAUUUUAUUAAAUUGAUGUAAAAUUUGGCCAACAAAAAGAUUUUUACAAGAAAGAUUUUUGACAGAUUAGAACUUUAGAAAAAAAAGAAUUUAAAAUCAGCAAUCAGAUUGUGGAAGAAAUCAAUUGAUAUUUAAAAUGAAGAAAUAGAGAUACACGAUAAGGGUGCUUUCUUACAGUAAACUCUUCUCAAAAAAAGAUUUUUUGUGAGCUUUAUUUAGCAUCACCAAUAAAUUUAAGCUGAUAAAAUAUAAAAUAUAAAAUCCAUCCAGUUCUAUAAAAGACAGCUCUUCUAUAAAUUUAGAAAUAUUUUCUAUAAAUCUAUAGAAUUAAAGAAACUUAAAUUUAUAGCAACAAAACACUUUGCUUUUAAUUUAAUGAGAAAGGGUUUCUUUGGAUGGAAGUAAUAUUCAGUAGAGCUUUUUGAAUAAAGAUAUAAAAAAGUAGAUGAAUACUUUGAUAAUCCAUUUUUAAUGUCAUAGAAAAAGAGUACAAUAAGCUUAGUUGAUAAAGAAAACUUUGAUAUUAACUAAUAAAUUGCUGAGGAUUUUGAUAAUAAUUUUGACAGUAUAAUGUCAUAUAGUAGUGAUAAAAAAUUAAAACCUAACUUUGGGUAAAAUUAAAAUAAAGUGUUAAAGGUAAUAGAUAAUUACAGAAAAUGA